CCUAAUAUUACAGUUGAAAAAUAAAGUAAAUAUUAACAGAAGGAUAAUAAGGAUCAAAGAGGAAACAAUUAGCCAGGCAGGCAGGCUAUACAGGUUGACUUCUCGCAUCAGCAAAAAAAAUCAGGGAAUUAAGAGGCGGAGGUUGCCAAAUUAUAUCCGUCCGACUCCAAAAGCGAGAGAGAGAGAGAGAGAGAGAGAGAGAGAGAGAGAGAGAGAGAAGAGAGCAUGAGCAAAUUAUCGGUAGAUGAAGCAGCUGGAAAUUAUGUUAGCGGGAAUAUGAUGAAAUUACUAUCAUCAUCAUCAUCAUCAUCAUCGUCGUCGUCAUCACCAUCAUCCAACGGUGGAAACGGAUCAUCAGGUAGCAGUAAUCGAGCGUUGGUGGCGAAGAAGUUUCUAAAGGUGACGUUGCUGUUUGCGGCAGCCACUGUGUGUUGCUUUGGCUUCUACAAUUCUGUCUACACUUCCGGAUUUCUGCUCAGAUCCUCUUAUGACUACGCUUUGUCUGCCACCAGAACCGUAACUUCUCAUCAGACCAAAGUAGAAGAUCCAUUGGACACAGUUCUCAGAAAUGCAUCCAUGAAGAACAAAACCGUUAUCGUAACUACUCUAAAUGAUGCAUGGGCAGAACCCAAUUCAAUAUUCGAUUCCUUUUUAGAGAGUUUCGAGAUCGGAAGUAACACAAAAUGGCUGCUCAAGCAUUUGGUGGUCAUAUGCUUGGACAAAAAAGCAUAUGCGCGUUGCUUGGCAUCACACCCUCAUUGCUACCAACUCUACACUCAAGGUGCCAAUUUCACCAGCGAAGCUGCUUUCAUGUCUUUAAAGUACCUGGACAUGAUGUGGAGACGAAUCCAAUUUUUGUCUUCUAUUCUCGACAGAGGCUACAAUUUUGUCUUUACAGACACUGAUAUAAUGUGGCUACGGAAUCCAUUCCCACGAUUCUAUCCAGAUGCAGAUUUUCAAAUUGCAUGCGAUUACUUCCUCGGUGAUUCUUAUAGCAUGAAGAACUUUCCCAAUGGAGGGUUUACUUAUGUAAAAUCAAACAAUCGCACGAUUCAAUUUUAUAAGUUUUGGUACUUCUCAAGAAAGGCGUAUCCAAAGAUGCAUGACCAAGACGUUCUCAAUGAGAUCAAAUUUGAUCCCUUCCUCACCCAAAUUGGAUUGAAAAUGAGGUUCUUGGAUACACUAUACUUUGGUGGCUUCUGCCAGGCGAGUAAGGACUUUAACCAAGUUUGCACAAUGCAUGCCAAUUGUUGUGUUGGCCUCGAAAACAAAGUCAAUGAUCUUAAAAUUUUGCUUCAAGUUUGGAGAAAGUACAUGUCCUUACCUCCUAAUGUAACUGCCACACCACAGCUUUCAUGGACUGUUCCACAAAAUUGCAGCACUUCCUUCCAACGCCUUGAAAAGCACUCGUGACAGGAAGAGAAGGGAAAGGAAAUUGCACAAAAUUCUUACAAUCUGUAGAGCUUUUGCAAGAUUUAGUUACAGGUAGAAGGACAACGGAAAUGGCACAUUGGUGAUCAAUUAUCAUGUCAUCUUAAUACAAAAUUGAUUAAUACGAAACUUACUCAGUUUGCACUA